UUUAUAUUUUUUAUUUAACGAGAAGAAAUCCACUCAAAAUGGCGGCUGAGAUAUUACAAAUGUCGUCUCUGCUCACCAACAUGAGAUGCGGCUCCAUGGUUGUCAUGGGGAAUCCACAGUGUUACUAUGGCAACGUUCAACAGAGCCGCCGCGUUUUGUGUUGUAAGAAUGGGUUCGUGUUUUCACCUCAGUAUUGUAGAUGUAUGCCAGCUAAUUUCGAAUUAAACUCUGUAUCAGAGAAAAGAAACAAAGCUGCAGCGAACAAUGAACAAACCAGUGCCAAACUCUCCGAGACAAUCGACCAACCAACAGCCGUGGUAGAAAUUCAGUAUCCACACAAACCAACAGGUGCCCCACAACAAUCAAUUAACAAUCCACAGGCCCAGUACGAAUUACGUGGUGUAAAUCCUUUACUCAGGGCACCGCUACCGCUAAUUAAUUUCGCGAACAUUCGACAGAGAAAUGGAAUGAUACUCCGUAUGCCCGUAAUUCACGUGGCAGCCCGGAAUUUCCGGAAUCAGUUAGUUAGAAGAACAGUUCCAAUUUACACCAUUCGGGAUGGUAAGAUUUUCUUUUCAACGACUAUUCGACAGAGAUACCCACAAGUCAUUGCGAGAGUACGUCAGCUCGAGGCGCAAGGAGUGGCUCUGAAGCCGACGUACGUUCGGCCGGAUUCCGGCAGUUUACGGAUAUCACCGACUCCAUUUGGAAUCGGAGCAGCAAGGAGGCAGCAACAGGCACCAGUGGUCGACAGAAUGACGGAAACUACCGACAAUUUGGCGGGAACGGUCGAAGCAGGAGUCGGCGAAAACGGUGUCGUAGUCCCAGGCGCAGAUCCAAUUCCAGAUACUAUUUACCCGGCUGAGAAGAAAUUGAAAAACAUGGAAGCCGUUCCAUUAAUUACACCGACCAACCCCCCUCCCAUGGUUGAGACUACAUCCUAUCAACCAACUACAGAGAGUGCGCCUGUACCUAAAGAGAAAAAAGAACAAAAGAAGGAACCAAACAUGAACGAGUUUCCGUUUGUUCUGACGACAAGGGGAGGUAACACGCCAAUCGACGCUCUAACAGGGCUGCCACUCAAUCAGCCACUACCUGAUAAUUUCGUGCCACCGACAUUUGGACCCCCGACGGAUCUUCCACCCCCUCCGAGUGAUCUCCUAAGAAAAGCCAUGGAUGGGGUACAAUGAUAAGUGUCUUUAGUAAUUUUCAAUACAUUGAUGCAUUUAAAUGAUGAUACGUGAACUGUAAAUAAAAAUGAUGCCUUUACAACAAGCUUUUGUUUAUUUGUUGAAUCCAAGUGGUAAAUAAAUGAGCAUUUUACGAAGAGAAAUCCGCGGUCAUUAUUUAUUAAGUGCAUGCAUAUAAUAGGUUUUUGAAAACCACAAUGUUUGAUAAGUGUAAUCAAGGGAUAAAUUAAUGAACAUUCUAUGCACAAGAAUUCGAAGACAUUUUCUAUGAGGUGUAUGUAUAUGAAGGUUUAUUGAAACCACAAAAAAUGCUUAAAAAUGUGUAUAACGUUUACGUUUCAAUAAAUUUGAUUAGUGCAUGUCCCAUAUUGUAAGGAGAUAUUGAUAAAUAUAGAUAUUAUUUUUCAACUUGUAUUAGAAUUAACAUGUAAUAUGGACAUGUAUGUAUUCAAAUAAUAAAUAAGAAAAAAACUGUA